AUGCAGUAUAGUGUGGUGUAUGGGCGAUAUCUGCCCCUUGCAGAGGAAUUGACCUUCUUGUUGAUUGCGCAGGGUGUGGAAUGUGCGUGUACAGGGAGUUUACCUGAACAUUGCCCGGAGGUUGUUGUGUCUAUCCCAAUAGACUGUGUGACAGAUUUUGACAAUAAACGACAUGUCAUCUACGACAUUGUUCAGAAUCCUGUUCCCUCUCUCCACCGAUUUAUAGAGGCCUUCAAACAGUUUCAGGCAGAUGGGUAUGAUAUUACGGAGCGCAUCUAUUUGGACCUUGCGGGAAAAAGCUGCAGGGGUGCUUGGGCCCUGCGCAUGGGUCAGCUAUGCUCCUUCCUGAAAAGGAUCGGGACAGUGUACAAGCGACGAGUUCGUAAGUGA